AUGGAUCCAUAUCCUAUUCCCUCCACACCUCGGGACUGGGCAGACAUCGUUGGUCAGAGACAUGCAACGGCCGACCCGUACGGUCUUGACAUUUCCAACAUCGGCCCAAAUGCUUUUUGCUCAGCCUCUAAGCUAAAGUACGAAGACUGGCUACUCCUCCGAGUUCUUUGGCAGCCCGCCACUGGCAAAGCGACGCACAAGACCAUCUUUGGAGACAGAGGUUCCGAUCUGAAAGCUGCCGCUGAUCGGCGACUCGCUAGCGAGCCAUGGAUGCAAGCUCUGAAAGCCCAAAGCCAUAAUCCCAUGGAGUGGUCAUAUAUGGCCGCCUGGAAAUUGAACCUCGCAGAAAUUGUCAAGAGAGUCAAAUGCCUGCAGAAUCUGGAAGAAGGCAAAAUCUACGACGACCCUGUACUGCGUUUCAGCCGCAUGCUCAUCAACCUCUGGGAGGGCAUAUCGCCGCUGACGUGCAGGCAGAUGCGCCACAAUGCUAAGGUCGGGCUCCCAGAUGUCUUCUUCGUCAGAGAGGUUGGCCAGACUUUCGCCGUUCUCGGCUGCAGCAGCUACUUUUCUACAGCUUGUCAGCAUCAAGGACACCACUAUAAGAGACGUGCUCGGGCUUACCCAUUCCACGUCAGAUUUGCCAGCAGAUCUCCUCGUUGA